UGCACUUUUACCUAAUCCAGCGAUCAAAGAGUGUUGUUGCAUGCCAUCAUGGGCCAAGGUGCUGCUGCAAUUCCUCAGGCACCAAGUCCAUUAUUGCUAUGCAGAAGCACCAUUUUGUUUUUGGGUCUGUUGGUUAUUGGUGUGGUAUGUGCUUGGAAGGAUGAAACACCACCACCACCAACAAGUACAGCAACAAGGGGAGCAGCUUCGAGGAUCUGCCUCUCCAACCAGAGUUCAGCACUUCUUCAAUUCAAGCAGAGCUUUCUCAACAUUUAUGAAUUUUACCGACCUGAUGCGCUGAUCUCAUGGCAGCGUGAUGGAUCCGACUGCUGUCACUGGAAAGGAGUUACUUGCAAUAACCUCACUGGCUUCGUCAUUGCAUUGGAGAUACCUGCUCCUGAUUUUGGCGAUGUGAUCGCAGGUAUCGCCGUUGACUCUUCCCUGUUCAAGCUUCGAUAUUUGCAACGUCUGGAUCUCAGCUACAACCAAUUGAACGGUGCCAUCCCGAAGAGACUCGUGGAACUCACCCACCUAACCCACCUCAACCUGUCCCAUUGUGGCUUCUCUGGUCAGAUCCCAGUAGAGCUGUCCCAAAUGACACGAUUGGUCUCUCUCGAUCUCUCUUAUAAUGAUGGCCUACUACUCCAGCAUCCUAAUUUCUCACAGCUUUUCAGAGGCUUAGUUCAUUUGGAGCACCUUCGACUGGAUAGAGUUGACGUCUCCAUGAGCUUAAGAGAUGUAAGCAUGAGCUUGUCGUCAUCUCAUGACCUGCAAACAUUCAGCUUGUCUGGGUGUAAUAUUUCUGGUCCAAUGGACGAAUCACUUCUCCAUUUUCAGUCAAUAUCUUACUUGGAUUUGGGGUCCAACAAACUUGAAAGUAGUAUUGUUGAAGGUUUAUGCUCGCUUGGGGACAUCACUUCGUUAAGGCUUCGUGCAAGUUUCAUGACCGGGCCAAUUCCGCCAUGUCUUUUCAGUCUUCCCUCUUUAAAGGAGUUGGACCUCGGUGGCAACCAUCUCAACUCUGGAAUCCCCAACCUGCAGCUCAGCCAGAUCGCCUCCUCUCUGACUGAACUGGACCUAAGUGGCAACCGACUAACUGGGAGCAUUCCCUCAUCCCUCUUCAACCUCUCUUUUCUAGCAACACUAGACCUCAGCCACAAUCUCCUAACAGAGAACAUUCCUUCAUCCCACUUCAAUCUCCCUUUCCUAAAAAAAGUAGUCCUCAGCGGCAAUAGCCUAACUGGGACCAUUCCAUCAUGGCUUUUCAACCUCUCCUCCUUAGAAGAACUAGACCUCAGUAGCAACCGUCUACUUGGGAUUCCCUCAUCGCUUUUCAAUCCAAUCUCAUCGCUAAAAACAGUAGACCUUAGUGAUAAUUUCCUAACUCGGAGUGUUCCCUUGUUGCUUUUCAACCUCUCCUCCUUAGAGUCACUAGACCUUAGCAACAACUACCUAACUGGGGUUCCCUCGGUGCUUUUCAACUCAAACUCCUCCUUAACAACACUAGACCUUAGUCACAACAGCCUGAUAGGCAGCAUUCCUCCCUUCUUUUUCACCCUUCCUUCCCUGACGAAACUAAACCUCGGAAGUAAUAAGUUCAGCGACCUGCUCGCCAACUUUGACAAUAACCUAUACUCCCAGUACUUGGAAAUCCUUCAGCUUGAUCACAAUUUUUUGAGUGGUGAUAUCCCUUCUUUCGUCAACAGGCUUCGUUCCGUGAAAAACAUUGACCUUUCUUCUAAUUGUUUCAAUUUUACCAUUGAUCUUUCCUUCUUUUUUAGUAUCAAGGGCCUUUUUGCAUUGGAUCUUUCCAAUAACACAAGGCUGACAGUUGAUUCAUCUUAUUCCAGUGACGAUGCACAAGGGCUCUCCAACAAUAACAUUGAAGGGGAGAUACCAUUUUGCUUGUGGGAAGUUAUUCAUUUUGGUGGUCUGGAUCUUGAUCAUAACAAGCUACAUGGUUUUGAAGAGCCAGCCCAGGGGAUUACAGGUUAUGGCCUUUCGUACAUGUCUGUCUCCAAUAAUCGAAUCCAAGGGGAAAUUCCAACUUUCCUUUGCAAUUUCCAUGACGGGUGACAU